AUGACUGUUGCAUUUGGCUGCCAACAUUCGGAAACGACAACGAUCAUUUUGCCCGAAGAGCUAAGCCUUACGCUACGUUCCAGCGCUCGAUCCAUCGACGUGCAGCACCCUGACGAAGCUCUCCCAGCUACCCCAGGAGCGUUGACGCAUAUCCGCCAUGCGACGGCAGAGACUCCUCCGGACGGCGAUGCAGAUGGCUACUGUUUCGACGCCAGACGCGACUGCGGAGAGCGGCAACUACUCAGACACACUGAACAUUGUGUACGACCGCUGCUGUUCGGCACAGCGCUCAUGAAGCUGUUGCGCGACUACACGCGCAGAAAAGGCUACGUCGAGAUCCAGCAGGACGACCGCAACAUGUACUCGAACGUGCUGAUGGGUACAUCGGACUCUUGGGAAAACGUGCGCGUGGCGGACCCCAAGCAGGCGGACGACGCAGCCAUUUAG